AUGAGGGAAAAAGAGAAAAAGAGAAAAAGAGAAAAAGAGAAAAAAGAAAAGAGAAAAAAGAAAAGAGAAAAGAGUCUCCGUGGAGGUGCACCGAUUCGACAGACACAAACGGAACUCGACCUCCGCUAUGCUGUAGCGCGUUUCGCCAAUUGCCUCUUUCCCACUUUCCAUGCUUCUCGAUGGUGGAUACUAACUCGCCGUUGGGAUGCAGACAGAGAUCGCCUCCCCACGACAUGUGUACUAGCAACAAGGCAUGUUGCGGCUUUGCAAGCUUGUACGGGAAUCGUUUAUCGGAGGUACCACCACGUUGAUCGCUACUCGCCGCACUGCCAUUCUCCAUAUGCUGAGCAGCGUUUCGCACAUCGAUCGUCGAUAAUGCUUCCCGUCAAGGAUGGACGUGAAUCACUGAACAUGGCUAACCUCCUCGCUACUGAGCAUCCUAUUUCCCACGCAAGCAGCUCGCUUACAUCGGACAAACACUUUAGUCUGGCGCUGGAAGCCGAGCGUUCGGAAAAAAAUAAAAUUCGCUGCGUUUCAGAAGCAAAGCAAAGCAGCAAUGGCAACGACAAACGACAAACGACGCUAAUGCAGUAA